AUUCUCGGGUCCAUGUCGGAUUGUUUUGGUUGGUGCGCACACUUUUGCGGAAGUGGUCUUAAACAUGCUCGAAACUCACUCGCAAUGAUUUGAAGUAAAAAAAAUAAACGUUUGACAUAAAGUAUCUGGGUUUCUUAAGAAAUAUUUGGGACAUCACAGUCUCUAGUCAUGAAACUAAAGGAGUUAGAGAGCUGUCUACAGCAGGUGGACGGAUUUGAAGAGCCAAAAAUUCUUCUUGAGCAAUAUCCAACGAGUCCACAUAUUGCAGCAUGCAUGCUUUAUACAAUCCAUAACACGUUUGAUGACAUUGAGGGAAAACUUGUAGCGGAUCUUGGAUGUGGUUGUGGAGUCCUCAGUAUCGGGGCUGCAGUGCUGGAAGCAGGUUUAUGUGUUGGCUUCGACAUUGAUAGCGACGCACUGGAAAUAUUCCGAAGAAAUGCAGAGGAAUUUGAAAUUUCUAAUUUGGAUCUGGUCCAGUGCGACCUCUGUGCUCUCGAGACAGAGGCUUAUUCCAAAAAGUUUGACACGGUCAUUAUGAACCCUCCUUUUGGGACAAAACACAACCAGGGCAUGGACAUGAAGUUCCUACGGGCCGCUUUGAUGAUGGCAAAGACGGCAGUGUAUUCACUGCAUAAAACAUCAACACGAGAGAACUACGAUACGACUUACCAGCAUCUUACAAGUUUCACAAGAAGAAAUCGGUUGACAUCCAGGUGGACUUCUUACGGUUCUCAACAGCCUGACACUUAUACUGGAAUGGAUUUAAGUUGCCUCUGCAUUUUCACUGUUUAUAAUAAAGGUUUAAAAAAAAUACACAAAUUUGGUUGCAACUUUUUGACUAAGAUCCAUUUUCAGUUUUGGCAACCUUGGCUGCAGGACCGUCAGCAUCUUAGGGGGAAAAAAACAGACAUGAAGUUGUAUUAAUGUCAGGAUAAGUUAAUAUCAAACCCAUCAAUCAAAACUUUAAGGCUCUAAAAUGUUCACUUUACCAUCAUCAUCAUCAUCAUCGCUUUCAAACUUCGUCUUUUUGCCUCUGUACUGGUUUCUGCCUUGAUCUCUGCCGCCUCUUCCCCUUCGGCCUCCUCUUCCUCUGCCACCUGAUCUACCUCUGCCACCUUAUAAGGACAGACAAGAUAUACUCAACCUUAUUGUACAGGAAAUAAACCAUUGAUGAUGUAA